GGAUACGCGUGCCGUCGUGUUGUUUUGCAGCGACGUGUUGUGUGUGUGAGAGAGAGAGACUGGAUUCGAGUGAGAGAAGCAGCAAUGUCCAACGAGCCGAAGGCCGAAGGAAGGGUAGUCUAUCGGCCAAUCGCUAAUUCUUGUCAACAACAAUGGCGCCGACUGCGGCCAAUGGCAGAACAGAACCGAUCGAGAACUGUCUGCAGGAAAACUGGGCGGGAGUGGAGACAUAUCGAACAAGUCAACGCGCGCUAUAAGCUAUGAUACUUAUUUCUUCAGAAUGUUGUUUAUCUUCAUGAUUAUUUAAUAUAAAUAAAGUACAAAAUGUUCCGUUCACAAGCUCCAAGUAAAAUAGGCAAGCGCCCUUUACUUGGAGAGGUCAAUACUCAAUUGACACAAAAACCAAGACUGGAAAUUGUUGAAGAGAAAAAAUCGAACAAAGAAAACAAGCGUCGAAGGACAGAAAAAACUAUAGAGAUAUCUGAUCGCAAGUUACCUGCUCUGACUUCAAAUGACAUUUCUGCUGUGCAGGAAGUUAUAUCAGAACAUGAAGAACGAGUAAGAAAGGCACUUAGCAAACCAUUUAAAAUUCCUAUACCAGGUUAUGAAUGCUCUGGUCGAACCUUAGGCUUUCGUUUUGCUGGGCCAAGAAGAGCUUUACAUGAUCCUGAUGAGCCUAAUGCUCUCGUUGUUUACGCACCUCCAGAAAUGUCAGAGCAUGAAAGUUUAAAAGUCGAUGAGACCAAAAAACUAGUACAUGUUGUGGUUGAUCCACUUUUAUGCAAUGUUCUAAGACCUCAUCAAAGAGAAGGUGUCAAAUUUAUGUACGAAUGCGUUACUGGUAAAAGGAUAGAAGAGGCUUAUGGUUGUAUAAUGGCAGAUGAAAUGGGUCUUGGUAAAACUCUGCAAUGCAUAACUCUCUUGUGGACUCUAUUAAAACAAGGACCUGAAGCAAAACCAUUGAUUGAAAAAGCUAUAAUUGUUGCGCCUAGUUCCCUGGUCAAAAAUUGGUACAAUGAAAUCUUUAAGUGGCUGCAAAAUCGUGUAAAACCUUUAGCCAUCGAUGGUGGUAGCAAAUCAGAAAUAGAUGCUAAAUUAACUGGAUUUAUGAAAACCUAUGGUCGCAGAUGUGCCACUCCUAUACUCAUAAUUAGUUAUGAAACCUUUAGGUUACAUGCUCAUGUACUACAUCAAGAUGACGUAGGAUUGGUUUUAUGUGAUGAAGGCCAUAGAUUGAAAAAUUCAGAAAAUCAAACGUAUCAAGCUUUGAUGGGUCUAAAAGCAAAAAGAAGAGUAUUGUUGAGUGGAACGCCUAUUCAGAACGAUUUACUAGAAUACUUUUCAUUAAUUCAUUUUGUUAACUCGGGACUGCUUGGUACAGCCGCGGAAUUUAGGAAAAAAUUCGAGAAUCCAAUCCUUCGUGGACAAGAUGCUGGUGCAACAGACAAAGAGCGCCAGAUCGCUCAAGAAAGACUGACAGAAUUAGUAACAGUUGUAAAUAAAUGCCUUAUUAGACGUACUAGUGCCUUACUAUCUAAGUACUUACCGUUAAAACAUGAAUUGGUCGUAUGCAUCAAAAUGACACCGCUGCAAACUCAACUCUAUAAAAACUUUAUCAAAAGUGACAGUAUUAAAAAAUCAAUGCAAGAUGAUGGCACUGCCAAAAAAGGAAGCCUAUCAGCAUUAUCGGCUAUUACUCUCCUCAAGAAACUGUGCAAUCAUCCUGACCUAGUGUACGAGAAGAUUCAAGAAAACUCUGAUGGCUUUGAAGGGGCUGCUAAAUUGCUUCCUGCUAAUUAUAGUACAAAAGAGGUAAUGCCAGAGUUAUCUGGCAAACUCAUGGUCCUUGACUGUCUUUUGGCUUUUAUUAAGUCCACUACAACGGAUAAAAUCGUCUUAGUAUCGAAUUACACGCAAACUUUGGACUUAUUUGAAAGACUCUGCGCAAAACGAAAGUAUAAGUAUGUCAGGCUUGAUGGUACAAUGAGCAUCAAGAAAAGAGCAAAAGUCGUGGACAAUUUCAACAAUCCUGACAGUGGCGAUUUUAUAUUCAUGCUAAGUUCUAAGGCCGGCGGAUGCGGGUUGAAUCUCGUUGGUGCUAAUCGUCUCGUGAUGUUCGAUCCUGAUUGGAAUCCAGCAAAUGACGAUCAGGCCAUGGCUAGAGUGUGGAGAGAUGGCCAAAAAAAGCCUUGUUUCGUAUAUCGCUUCCUAUGCACUGGUACAAUAGAAGAAAAAAUCUUCCAAAGACAAGCCCACAAAAAAGCUUUAAGUUCAACUGUAGUUGAUCAAGAUGAAGAUGUAGCAAGGCAUUUCACACAGAACGACUUACGCGAUCUAUUCAGUCUCGAAGAAUCAACUGUAUCAGAUACACAUUCCAAAUUCAAGUGCAAGCGUUGCAUCAAUGGCAUCGAAGUUAAAGGUCCACCCGAAAAUUCCGAUUGUACCUCAGAUUUAUCUGAUUGGAGGCAUUCGCAAAAUCCAAAACAUUUACCAGACAUUCCACUCAGACAAUGUUGGUCUAGCGGAAUUUCGUUCGUGUUCCAUCAUCGCUCUCAUGAACAAGUGAAGUCGUAAUUAAGUAGACAAAAAUAAUUUCGCACGUUAAACUGAAGGCUCUGUGAUCAAUCGAUAAUUAAUAAGUUAGGCAAUAGGUAAAUAGUAUAAAUCGAAUUAAACUUUUUUACUUUGUUAAUGUGAUAUAAAUUAUUUAUUACCUACAGCGUUUUUGAAGAAGUAAAUACGUUUGUAAGAAAUGAAUGUAUAAUGCGUAUAUAUUAAUAUUCCACGAAAAUGUUGCUUUAUGUUAGAAUUCGAUAUGUAAAUUGGAAUUUUAUCGCGUAUUUGUAAAAUACUGAAUUUUUGUUUAUUUCUAAAUCAACGCAUUUUUCUGCAAAUGAAAUAUCUGCGUUAAUAAAGUAAGUAAGAAAUAA